CGCGGAGGGGGCGGGGCCUGCGCGCUGCCGUGCAUGGUUGUGCGGUGAAGAAGAGGAGCAGCGGCUGAGCUGAUGAAGCUGCAGGAUGAAUGGGACGGCCUACUCCAGCUUCGACAACCAGGAACACGUCCUCAAACUGGGGGAGACGUUCGAGAAGCACCCCAAAGGAGGAUACCACACGGUGCGAUAUGACUUCAAACCAGCCUCCAUUGAUACGACAUGUGAAGGGGAGCUUGAAGUGGGCAAAGGAGAGCAAGUCACUAUUACUUUACCCAAUUUAGAGGGUUCCAGUGCUCCAGUAACAGUCUUUAAGGGUUCCAAGAGGCCGUACAUGAAAGAAUGCAUCCUCAUCGUGAACCACGACACAGGAGAGUACAGACUGGAAAAACUCAACAGCAACAUAGCUGUGAAGAAGACCAGGGCUGAAGGCAGCAGUAAGAUCCACUCUCGUAUGGAGCAGCAGACCAGCCGCCUGAGCCAGCAGGUGAAGACCAGCACCAGCAGCACCCCCAAGACCUCCACCAGCUCCAAGAGUCCUCCACCCAAAGAGAAGACGUCCCCGGCCUCCCCCAUGGACGACAUCGAGAGAGAGCUGAUGGCGGAGGCUCGGGUCAUGGACCAGCUGAGCAGCGGCGACAGCUCCUCCGACUCCAACAGCUCCUCGUCCUCCAGCAGCGACGACAGCUCCAGCAGCGACGACGAAGACCACCGCUCUUCUGCUGCUGCUGCUGCUGCUGCUGCUGCUGCUGCUGCUGCACCGACACCCACACCGACCAAUCACAGCAUGCCCAUCAUCACCACCGGGCCCAGCUCCAACAGCCGCAACCCGGAGAGCGGCGGAGGACUCAUGAACACGCUGAAGAGCGACCUCCAGCUGAGUGAAUCCGGCAGUGAAAGUGACUGAACAUGAGGACGUGUGAUGACAUCAUGAGGACGUUCAGUAAACAGACCAGUCAGUGUCUCUAACGGUGGACCGUCUUCUCUUCAUAUCCACAUCUCUGCUCGCAAAUAUAUAUAACGUGCUGCUUCUCUGCCAACAAAGCUGCUCCUCGAAAUCCACCUUUACCGCUCAGUGAUCUUUGUUUUUGUGCGUUAAAACCCGACGCCGUGUGGUCUGUUAGAGAAGUCAGGGUUCAUCUCACUGGAUGCACAUCUGAGGUUAAACCGACCAAUCAGAGGCGAGCGUUGGUGAGGCGUGGACGGAUGUUUCUGUCUCAAACCACCUCUGGAGUUUCUGCAUUUCAUCUUAAUAAUAUAAAGAACUUUAGUUGUGCCUUAGUAGCUUCAGCUCAGCUGUUUACUUUCUGAUCGAACAGAAAGUAAAGCUUUUUCUUUAUUUUUUUGAAGAUGAGCCAAACUGAUACGAGUCUUAAAUGAGUUUUUGUAAAGUUAUCUGUGGAGCCUUUUGCUUUGGAUUUCUGAAACCAAGCUGCAGGACAACAAAAUAUAUUUUCAUUUAAAGCUUUUAUUAAAAUUUACAAACAAAAAAACUAUUAGCAGUACUUUAAGGGAAAUAGAACAAGCUGGAAGUUAGCUAAAUGUUUAUUUAUACACCCAGAAGUCACAGAUCAACAUCAUCAUUUAUAGUUAUGGAAACUGAAGAAUAGAAAUCAAUAUUCACUCUAAUAUCUCUGAGUCUGUAGCUGUCUGAUGCUCCACUGUGUUGACAGUGUUGACCACAGCUAGUUAACUGUCUGCUGUUUGUUGGCCAGAAAACCAAAACAACGAACUGAAAGAAGCUCAAAUAUUCUGCAGCUCCUUAAAGAGACAGUAGAGAUGUUUAGAGGGGAGGUAGUAUGAGGGUCGUCUACACAGUCACUGUUUUACCACAGUAGAUGGAGCAAAGUACUGUUCUGCUGUGGACGUAGUUUAGAUACUUUAAAGAAUGAAUAUCAGUUUAAGUGAACGCUAUAUUUAGAAUAUUUUCACCUUCAUGACGGGAACUGAAGCUGUUAUUUAUGCUCUCUAUAAAGACACCAGACUACAUUCACAAAAACAGUGAUUUAACCUCUCAGGACACAGGAGGUUCUGCUCUCCUGCUGCCUCCAUCUGGUAGUGUGUUUGUGUUAUUGUGUCACUUUGGUGAAUCUGAAUUAACCCUUUAAAACACCAAAGUCACACAACAACACAAACUACCUACCAGACAGGCAGCAGGAGAGCAGAACCUUCUGUGUCCUGAGAGGUGAAAUCACUGUCUGGUGUCUUUAAAGAGAGCAUAGAUAACAGCUUCAGAUCCCCAUAAAGAGGUGAAAUAUCCUAAAUAAUAUAAUAUAAUAUUAUGGAUUAUAGUACCUCAACCCCACUUCUAAAAACUAUCCCUUUAAGGGCACAGCUGGGUGAUACGUGAUAUUGAUUAUUGAUUAUUGGUUAUUGCAGCUUUCAGAAUGCAGAUGUGUCUCAAACCUCUUUUCUUUAUUGUGAUCUAUCAGAACACACUCUGGUUUCUGGUGGAGUGGUGCACUAGUGCUCAGUUGGCUCAGUGAGGUUAUGCUUUGUAGCUUUAAACCUGCAAUACUUGAAUCUAAUUAUUUAUAUAUAGAAAUAUACUCAACCAGCGGUGAACUGCUUAAUAUAUUUGAUAUAUAAAUAUAUAUAAAAAUAUAUAUUAAAAGCCAAGUAAUUGGAAGUUGAAGUUAUUAUGAACUGUAUUGCUUAAAACAAGCCGGAUGCUUCGACGCUGCAUCAAUGUGAGUCUGAACUCGACGUGCCUUUUGUUCUGACGUGGAUCUACUUCCUGUUUGGCCUCAUAUCCCCGCUGACAGCCGGAUACAAAGAGACGGAGUCAAAGAUGUUUUAUUCUGAAGGAGACAGGUUGACUCUGCUGUCUGAGAGGAACCUCUUUGUAGAAAAAUAAAGAUUUUAAUAAUUAUUGGGGCUUUUU